AUGUCAUCACCGCUAGCACACCUUCCGUCACGGCCAGAAAGAGCCCGCGUCAAACACUCAGAAAACAUUGCGUUGGAGGCGACAGGGUUCCAACCUGCUCUACAGAGCGGCCUGAAGAAGCCCAAGAAAAGAACACGGCGACGGGCUAUGCACGAAGUUUCACUGAAGUCGUCUUUACCAAUGCCGUCCAAAUUGUCCGAAGACCCCAUCUUUACUUACUUCCAGGAGGAAACUGAGAAGAAAGACGGUGCAAGCUGUGUCUUCUUGCUAUGGGGUUCUGAAAACUCUGAAAGCUUCACAACCUGGGCUGUGGACGUUCCGAUUACCGACGUUGAAAGUGAGCAAGAUAUCUUCGAUUCAUUAGCCAAGAGAUAUCACAAAGAACUCGGCCUCUUGCGAAGGUGCUUUUCCUUCAGGAAAUUCAAUAGACUCAGGCCCGCCACUUUUCGAUUUAUCUGUCGUUCCUCGAAAAAGUUUUUAGUCUUCGUUGAACCUUUAGACCUGGACGACUGGCGCAAGAGCUACUCUGAGCAACAAGAAGAAGCGACAAAACUCAUUGAAUCGAUAGAAGACUUCGAUUCCACCGAUUUUCCAGAUCACUGCUAUCGCGACAACUCUGGGGAAUACAAUCAUUGCAACAGCGACUGCCCAACCAACUCUUCAAAACUCUCCGGUGUUUCGACCUGUCCGUUCCAGGAAUGGGACAGGUGCAAUGAUCAGAUACGUUGGAUUAAAACCGCGUCUUUCCUUUCUUGCUACUUUCACAACCCACUAGGUGCAAGCUCUCAGAAGAUACUUAAUGGCUUGAGUAAUCAUCACUUCAUCCACCACUAUAGGAACAUCUGUUUGCCCGCCGUCGAGUUUCGACCGCAGAACAGAUAUCUAGAACUACAUGGCUUGUACGUUGAGACUGCGUGGUGUCCUAGAAAAUGCCUCUGUGUAUUUCUAGGUAUUCUCCUUUCUGUAGUAAUUGGAGGAAAAGUUUUCUGGGGCAGCUGGGAGAUAAUAUUCGGCGCUGGAAGCUUCAUUGUCGCUUUGCUGAUGUUGGUAUUGACGGUACUUAAUUUGUAUGAUGUCUGA